AUUUUUUUUCAGAGAAGUUGAAUUGAGUUGAAUAUGGUUCGAGUUUUGUCAGUUCAUCAUUUCACAUCGCAGGAUGUUGUCUCCUGUCCUGAACCUGUCGCAAGUGUAACUGCUGGAAACCUUCUUCUGCUUGCCUCUCCCCUCCAUCAGGUUGAAGUUCGAGAUCUUAGUUCCCCUGAAUCCUUCUUUUCAUUCCCAACAGUUGAUUUGGUAGAGAAUAUACUGUAUAGUCCUGUAGGAAGAUAUGUACUAGCAAAGGAAGUUAGAGAGGAUCAAGCUUUUGUAAGAGUGUACAUCAACUGGUGGAACAAGGAGUCUGUUCUGCAUCCUAUGAGAGCUAGAGUGGCUGCAGUUACUCCAGGAAACAACAAGGAAGAGCAGAGCUUUGAGAUGAUAGAGCUGGUGUGUGGGACUAAACCUCUAAAUAUCUGCGUCUGCUCCUCUACAGGAAACCUGAUAAUAUUGACAGAGCAUACUCUUAACGUCUUCAAGUAUACCUUGGCCAGUCAGACUCCGACUAAAUACAAAUAUAUAGACUUUCAGUUGUGUAUGCAAAUCCACCUGAGCUACAUGCCUUCAGAAAUCCAGCUGACUGAAGAUAUCGUUUCCUGUCUGAGUCCUAGUAUGGUUCAUGUGUUUAAGGUGAAGUUGGAAGAGUCGGGAGGGGACGAGGAUCCCCCAAGGAGUUUAAGCAUGUACAGUUUCAGUUCUGACUCUGAUGCCUCUGUUGAAUAUAACUCAAAUUCUGGAAAGGCUCAAACAAUUCCUAUUUCCAAUCAUAACUUAUCAGAAAAAAUAUUCAACAAUGUAACAGAACGACGAAGAAUGGAUUCCAGCUGUGAGAGAGAAAUUAACAAAUCCUCGAUUAGAAAACAUCCGGACCAUAUUCUACUCGGCAGACGAUCCAGUCAGGAUAAUCCAGAACUCUAUGCUGGGAUUGAAGUGAUCCGUAAUCCACUCGUGAACAAUGAGCAGCGCGAGAUCGGCAGUUUGUCCUCACCAAACAUUUUGGAACAAAUCAUCGGUCCGUGUUCACAUCCGCCAUACAUCAACAUCAUCAUCGAGACAAAUCCAGCUGCUUUUCAGAAAUCUGCCAAAAGAAUUGAAGGAACUGCAAUUACACUGGUUUAUGCGAAAAUCUCCGAAAAUGAAAAAACUGAGAAGUUAGGUCUUCUUACAGUCCAUCCUGUGUACUGGAGAGAGUUCAGGGUUCGGAGAAACAGGACUCCUCAGACCCCGGAGCAGUUACACAACCCUCUUCAGUCAAUGAUGUAUUCCCACUUGAUGUCAGUGACUUUAAUGUUCACUAGCACACAUGAAGGAUAUCUCUACCAUGUACCGGGGCAUAUCCGUCGGCAGGGUAAAGGUGUAGGAGUACAGAAGAUUGCAACAUAUCCAUUCACGAGCCCGGUUAAAUCUAUUGUUCUAGAACCUUCACUUAUUCAUGCCUUGACAGAGACAGGUUUAGAGACCUACACUCUGAGAUCAGGGUAUCAUACUGUCAGAGAAGCAGAGUUAAUUGAUGACAUAACCAAUGCAUGUCCUCCGAAGAAUACUCCGAUCUGUUUAAUUGGCCUCCGACCUUUUCUUGGAGUAAAAACUCUAGUCCUGGGAACAAAUAGAUUAGUUCUUCUGGCAGCUCCGUCAGUUGAGACAGGUUCACAGAAGGAGGAUGAUUGGACAAUAUACUCCCUCCAUAUCCCGGACUCCUUGACCCUCUACCAGGACAUGUUGACCGUGGCGGAGAUGAAUAUUGAAACUCCUCAUGGACAUCUUCAUCUUCUAUCUGAAGCUCAUCUAGUUCUCAGGACAGCUCUGCAUAAGCUAACAUGGCUUCAAGUGAUGAAACCCAAUGGUGUGGAGAUAUCUGCUGCUGAGGUUGAGAGUGUUAAAAGUUUAUAUAAUGAAUCUUGUGUUAAACUAGCAGAUCAUUAUCUAAACUAUGAGAAUAAGAGUAAAUACUCAUUAUCCCUGCCCUACUACAGAAUGAGUGGUUUACCUAUCCUAUCCGUCCUGGACAGAUUUACUUGUUCAUCUCCACUACAGGCGUCUGUAAAAUACUUUAUCCAAGAGGUAGUCUUGAGACCAACAGCACAGGAGAAUAUUUUAGACUCUGGUGUCACUCACAAAAUCAUUCUACUUUUAGGAGAAAACUGUCUUGAAUGCUUGGUUCAUCUUCUUCUUCAUUCUUCUACUCUCAGAGGGUUUAAAUCAGCACUGAGUUUAGAGUUUAUUGAGUCCAAGCUGAGGCUACUGAAGGAGGAAGAAGAGAAAGAGGAGGAGCUGAUUGCUGAGAUGGCUGUGGCAGCUGUACUUAUUGGUGGUUCAGGAACUUGGUUAAAUCUGGUUCCUGUGGUUCAACUUAGUUCGACUCUUCUCAAGUAUCAUGAGCUUCUUCUUGACCAAACCCAGAAUGGUCAGGAUUGUCUUUCUGACCUUGCAUUAGCGCUACGGCUAGAGGUUCCAGUCGUCUUCACAGAAAUCUGUGUUAGUCUCAUAGAAUCCAAUAUCUGGAGCUUAGGACAAGUUCUUCAGCUGCUUCUACAAACCUUUAUGUCAUUUGAGAGCAGCUCUACAGCAGCUGACAACGCUGCUGUUCUUCAGCUGUUCCUGGAAACCUACUUCAUGGAGCUUCUCAGUCAGAGGCAGCUUCUCAUGGAUGUUGAGGAUCUUGUUUUAACUGGAGACCAACAGCAGGCCCUUCUAACUCUUCUCAGAUCCUACUUGGCCAGCCUGACCUCUCAUUCUAGCCGGGCUGGUCACUUCAGUCCACUACCUAGUAUACCAGCUGAUAAUCUACCAUUGGCAUGUGAACCAGGAGAGUUUUUUGGUUCAAGGGAAGAGUUUUUAGAAUUACUUCCUCCUUAUUCAUCAGACCCCAAGAUGGAUUGUAGUUUUCUUCUAAAACUGGAGUCUCUGCUAUGUUCUCCACUUUGCAACCAACUAUGCAAAGAUACUGUUGCAAGGUACCUGGACGAGCAGGAAGGGACGGAAAGGUUUAUUUCUCUCCGGGUUCUCUCCUGCCUGGAUCCAACCAUAUCAGUCCAGCUCAUUCAUGAACAUGCCCCAGGUUGUUUACAAGCGUACUGCGAGUACAACAGUAAAAAUAUAGAAGUAUGGAGUACAGCAGUAAACUUGUUGUACAGGGAUACAACUAAGGAGAACGAGUUAGUUCUAUUAUCAUUACUUGAGUCUAUGGGCCGGUUGUUUCCGCCGGAAGUGCUGUUGGAUUGCUUACCGGAAGGAGAACACUACAAGGAUAUCCUUUUUCAAAGCAGGAGAAAUCAGCAGGCUGAUAGACUUCAACAGCUGAUAGUCACGUACAGUACUGUUGCAAAGCUGUAAUUGUGUAGUCCAUACAUUCUUCUUAUCAGUUUUAAUCACUUUUUUUCUUCUUUUUUUCAGACAUUGAAAGCAAUGUUAAAACAUUUGCUGAUAUUGAUCAAUGUAUUUUCUAUU